GUUUGUAUUUUAUUUGAAUGAAACGUCGUCUUGACAACCAAUUUUAGUGAAUAAAAUGAAAUUUUCGAUUGUUAAAUAAUAUGAAUAUGUUAAAUUAUGGGUGAUAUUCACAAGAUUCCACCGCUCACAGCAGAAUCCAAGAACGUUCUUCCGGAUGUCGUACAUUCUCAACAGAUUCCCGCGGAAGGGACCGCGGUAACCGAUACAGAAGCAUCUCAAAUAGAUACACCACACGAUGAAACAGGAACUCCAGUCAUUAAAGAAGAUGACAGUCAAACGGAGUCUAUAUCGGAACACAUUCCCUCCAAAAUGGAGUAUUCCAUUACUGAGUCGGAUAACGCCGGCGCUGCGCAGUCAGGGCUGCUCCAAGUGGGACAGCAUGAUACAGAUCCAUCCCGCAAUAGCUCGUUGAACAUGCCACUUCCCCUCUCCCCCAGUGACAACACUAGUACACGAGACCCCAGCAAAAGCACCUCAUGGCAUGACCCUAAGUCAACAGACAUUUAUCACAUAAGUGAAGAAAGUCCAGUGAAUUUAGCAUCUGAAUCAGUAUCCAAAGACCAUGAAACCCUCCAGGCUGAAGCGAAAUCUCAACAUGAAAAGUCACAAGAAUCUCCACGAAGUGACAAAUAUCUUGACUCGCUUAAUGAUGAAACAUAUCCUAAGUCUAAUGCGUCAGAAGAUGGAAAAGAGGUUGAAAAGCGUAGUCACUCUACUGAGUCACCACCAUUAUCAUUGUCUGUAGGAGAAGAUUCACUAAAACAAGCAAGUUCAGGAUCAGAAGAGAUUAUAAAGCUAGAUAUAAGAGGUCAUGGUGCUCCUAAGUAUCAUCUCUCGGCUGCCAAGAUUAUCUUUGGGCCUCCUCCGGAAGGUAGUACCUUAGUUGAUGAGGAAAUUCAGCCCUUACCAGUAUUCCAGACCCUUAUGUCCCCUUUCCUUGUUGGAGCCGGAGAAAUGAAAGUGGAAGAGCUGUUUGGUGAGAAAGAACCUGAGGUGGAAAUGGAAAAAGACAGUUUGUCAAGUAUUGACAAAAUUGAGCAAAGCGACUUGUUAGUAGAGGAGGUUGUCAUAGAUGAUACGAAAGAAAAGUUGCAGGAUGAAUCUAUGCCCAGUAUGCCGCAGCCAAAGUCCUUGGCUGACACAAUGUCUUUUAGCACAAUGACGACAGACUACAAGACGAUAUGCGAAGAGUUUCAAGCUAAGCUUGUGCAUUUGGAGUCAGCUAUCACGAAGCGCGACGCACUAAUCGGGGAACUCACCGUUACCUUACAGCGCUCGAUCCGCGACCGCGAUGCACUGGCCCUCGAGAACCAACACCUCUGCCAUGAGAUGGCUCAGCGGGCUGAAAACUCUGAACAUGACACAAUUAAACAACAACUAUCAGACUAUGCUAAAUACGAAAGCAUGCUUAAAGAAGACACUAAGUAUUAUUCAGCUUUAAUGAGUAGCGACUCUUCAGCUAAGAGUUCAAAUGGAGAAAAGGAUAAUGACCGAGAAGAAAUAACGGUCAACUAUUCGAAAUCCGACUUGAAAUCUGACUCAGAUGAUUUCCAAGGUUUUGAAUAUAAGCUAAAUGAAGUUAUAAAUAGAUUUGAUGAGAGUAUUGAAGAGAAUUUAAGGAAUAAGAUUAGAGAGAGCUUAAUUCAAGUUUUGUGUGAUGAAAUUGGUCGGAUUAGGAUAGAAUCUGAUACUGAUGUUAAAGAAUUAGAAACGCAGUUACGACAAGAUAAGCAUGCUUUCAAUGUGGAGACAAGGCGUUUGAGGGAACUGCUAGCUUCUGUCAAAGCUGGUAAUGCAGAUAUUGACGAGCUGAGAGAGGAACUUGACCGCAAACAUGAGAAGGAGAUGGAGAAUCUCAGGAUGUAUUUUGAGAAGAAAUGCUCGGACAUGGAGAGAAGGCCAAAGUUGGAAAGAAGCUACUCCGAAGAAGUGUACCGCGGGCGCGCCUGCGCGUCGCCGCAGUCCGCGUCGUCCCUCGAAGCGCCCAACGAGGCGGGCGACUGCCUGCGCCGCAGGACGAGGAGCGCGGACCUGCCGUCGCUUACCAACGAGAUGCCGCCACUAGAGUUCGCAGUGAAGCAGGCGAACAGACGAGCAGACAUACAGCAGCUAGAAGAUCUGAAGGCAGAGCACGCGGCGCUCGUGAAAGAGAUGCAAGAGCAGCACCAAUUGACAGUUACCACUUUACAGGAACAGAUAAACCAAUUAAAAGCGCACGUGCAAACCGCCGAGAACACAGAAUCUAACGUCUCACUCUACCAACAAGAUAUCGACUUGGAGCUAGAAAAGGACGCCGAGUUCGAGAAGCGGCUCGAGGAGGCCAAGCAGGAAGUUAUACAGCAUCUACAGGAGCAAAUACAGGUGCUGCUUUCGGACCCGGACGCGGAGCUUUCCAGCUGGCCGCUGGAACUGGUGGCGCUGCGGGACAAAAUACACGACGCGAGGCCUGAGAAAGAGUUGUCGAGCCUGCGCGAGGAGGCCGGCGAGGCGGACAAAUGGAAGCAGCGGCGCCACACCACCUUCGACCAGAACAGGCACCUUGAGGAGGUCACCAAGGAAAGGGACAGCUUCAAACGCGUAGCCACAAGCCUGCAGCGAAUCGUCGGUCAACUAGUAGCGUACUGCGCGGCCGCGGAAGAUGAACUCAACCGCACCGUCCUCGCCGAGCUGCUCUCGCGUUUGCUGCCUGAGGCAUCUCUAAUCGAAGAACCCCGCCCAUCAACGCCCAACCUCGACAUAUCCGUCCGCAGCAAGCACGUUCACUUCGCACCAGACUUAUCUGUCCUUGCGGACCUGGACUCUGAAGGCGUGGCUGGCUUUCUGCAGGGCCAGAGGGACGUUAGCAUCGAUAUCAAGAGGGAAUUGGAGCUUAGCUUGAGAAGAUUAAGAGAGGAGGCUCAAGAAUUGUUGGAAACUGCUGCAAGAGUUAAAGGAAAACCGGUGCCAGAGUCGCACAUGCUGGAAUCCAGUUCGGUGCAGAUCACAGAACUUGUGGAGCAGCUGGACUCGAGACAGAACAACUGCGAAAAUUGCGAACUACACAGGAAGAACAUGGAGGAGGCAAUGAUGGAAUGCCUACAACGUGAGAAUCUUCUGCGUUCGGACCUAGAAGCUGCUCUCAUGAAAGUAGCGCAACUCAUGCAGCCCGAGAGACAUUCAUGCGAUCUCGUCGUCGAAGGGUACGGCACGGGGCAGCACCACCAGUCGCCCGCGCCGCCGCCGCGCCGCGCGCCCCCCGCGGGCCCCGCGUCGCUGGACGCCGGCGCCUCGCCGCGCCUGCUCGCCGCCAGCUGCGACGCCCUGCACAGGGAGAGGGACGACUUGCAGCAGCAGCUGGAAGCGGCCAACCGGCAGCUCCGCUCCACGCGCUCGUUCGUGGAGGAGCAGGCGGCCGAGCGCGAGGCCGAGCGGGACGAGUUCGCGCGGAGACUGGACGCCAUGCGGGACGAAAACAACCGCCUCACGUCGCGCCUGCAGACCAACGCCACUAUACUCAACGAGAUGCUUAACCUGCGUAUCAGUUGUUGCAACUGUCAAGAACACUAUGCACAAGUGGAACAACUGGAGGCCCAAACUCGCGAGAUGAACUCCCUGAUCCAAGAUUUGGAGUCCCGCAAGGCCGCCGCCGACGAAGAGCUAAAGGCCACGAAUGAGAAGAUAUUGCUGCUGCGCGACAUCAUCGCCAAUUUGGAGAACCAGCUGGAACAGAAGACGGCUCAUGAGGCCGUCAUUCUAGAACAGCUGGAAGAAAUGAGAAAAACAAUAGACGAGCGAGACAACAAGAUGCGCGGGUUGCUGGGAGAGCUCGAGUCACUGAGGAGCGAGAAAGCAGAACUCAGUGAGGCUGUCUCUGUCGGUGACCACGACGACCGGGCCGAGGAGCUCAUGGAGAGAAUUAAGGAGCAGAGUCGUUGGCUGGAAGAGAAGCUCCACCGGCGCACGCGCCGACUGGAGCGAGUGCACGAGACCUGCUCGGCGCCGUGCAGCGAGCCGAGCGAGGACGUGUCGCUGCGAGAUCGAAAAGGGCCGAGAGAGGCUAUAUCCCCCGGCGAGGCGAGCCCGCGCUGGGCCGGGCUGCCGGAGCUGCUGGGGGUGUGCGAGGCGGCGGAGGCGCUGGCGCGAGCUGAAGAUGCAGCACUCAAGCGGAUCGCGGACCUGGACAUGCAGCGAGCUCAGCUCGCCGAUGUGGCGCAGGAGGUGCGCGCCGAGCGCGACGUGCUGCAGGCGCGCAUGUCGGAGCAGGCGCUGAAGAUAUCGUCGCUGUCGGCGCGGCUGGAGGCGCAGCGGAACAACGCGGAGGCCCUCGCGCACCAGGCGGCGCACCAGCUCACGGUCAGCCUGCACGACGCCUUAGCAGAGGUUCAAAGGCUGAAAGAAGAGUUGGAAUCAAAAGACAAGCAGUUGUUACGAGCAAAGCAGAAUUUGGAAGAAAAGGAAAAGCUGAACGAACAGCAUCAAGCGUUAUAUGGAAACUCAUGUAACCCCAAAGACAAGGUGAUCAUCCUAGAGCGUGAGCUAUCCGCAGCACAAACUCGCAUCGGUCAGCUAGAAGCUUUAGCAAAGAGUCUAGAACAAGAUAAAGAUGAGCUGCAGGCAAACUUGCGGGACCACCAACGCGCAUUGGCCGAGAGAGAGGAGCAGCUACAGGAGAUCAUGGGUGAGUCUACUGUCAUAGCGGAACAAACCCGCAUCGGUCAGCUAGAAGCUUUAGCCAAGAGUCUAGAACAAGAUAAAGAUGAGCUGCAGGCAAGCUUGCGGGACCACCAACGCGCGUUAGCCGAGAGAGAGGAGAAGCUACAGGAGAUCAUGGCUCUCAAAUUGGACGACGACCAAAAAGAUGACGAACCAGAAGGCAAAACCUCAGCCAGGACUCUCAGCGAUAUCGUGUCCAUUUCCGAAUUCGACGAACAGGACCUCCAGAUGCGACGAGCAGAACUCAAAGCUCAAAACCUAAGCCUCUCCGGCAUCCCCUACGCUGAUAACAGAGACAAAACACAAAACAGGACCCUUCCCCCUGAUGUAUCCAAGCCUAACAUAAGCUCAUUAAAUCUUGACUUUAUUGACCACUUCGAUCUACCCAGCUUCACACCGAGAGCUGAAUCACUACCAUUAACAUCCACUCAGAAUAAGGACAGGUUUAGAAGAAACGUCAAUGAGACGACAGUGUUCGGUACUGCGGAGAUAUUCGAAAAUGUGAAACAUUCUACAGCUCAAAACAUAGCUGAUAACUGUUCUUUAUACCCAAAUAAAGAGGUUGAUGAUAGUAAAAAUGUAAGCGUUGCCCCGAAGAAGAUUGACUUCUCAGCGGAGCCUUCGCAAGAUAAUAGGAGUCAUGAUGAAGAGUUUACUUCACUAAGAGAACUUGGUAUCACACUUGACAUAAGACAGGAGAACUUCCCAGACAUAUUGACUCAGUUGAAACACGAGAUUAAGAAAUCUAGAAGCGAACUCGAUACUUGUAAAUCGGAGUUGAAGAACGCAGAAGAACAAUUAUGUGAGUUCCCUGCUCUUAAAGAAGAAGUGGAGGAGUUGAAAGGCUUGCUAGAAAACACUAUGGCCACUAUGGAGAAUGAUAAGAAAUUCUAUGAAAAUCAACUGGAACAUUUCUCUUCAAAUAAAACUCUCUUAGAACAAAGAGUGAAUGAACUAACGCAAGAAGUCAAUGAAAAAUCAAAAGAUUUACACUUGCUGAAAGAAGAUAUAUUAAGGAGAGAGAAUAUGAUAUUAGAACUGGCUAAAGAAAAACGUAACUUGACCAACAAACUGACUGAGCUAGAGGUAAAAAUUGACGAAAUACAGAGCAGAAAUAAUUCUUUAGAAAAAUGCGAGACUGAAAACCGCAUUUUGAAAGAAAAGAUUUCUGAACUCCAGAAACUGGAACAGUUGGUAUCUGAGAAGAAUCAACAAAUUGACAGUUUAAAUCAACAUUUAGAUAGAUUAGACGACAUGCAGAGAUGCCUUAAUGAGAAAACGGAAGAACUAGACAAUUUAAAAGAGGCAUUCGAAGAGAAAUCAAACGAAUUAUUCAAAUUACAAGAUACCAUUGACGCUCAACAUCGUGACAUCGACAAAAUCAACGAAGAAAAUAACAACCUUAAUGUAACUAACAAAGAACUAAAACUGAAACUAACUAAACUAGAAAAAGAACAAGAAAACGCAUCAAUCAAACUACAAAACAGCGAAACUGAACUAGAAAGAGUGAACUCUCUUAACAACGAAUUGACAUCGAAAAUAGACGAGCUAAAAGAUUUAACAGACAAAUUAAAAGAUAAAGAAACAGAGAUAGAUAUAUUAAAUGAAGAUAUUAAUUCCUACCAUGAAGAGAUAGCAUCUCUAAAGGAACAGAUGAAGAUGGUGUCCCGCAGUCCGUCGCCGAAGAGUAAGAGUGAGAAAGGGACAGACAGACAGGCGAGCAACGAUAAGAAGCAGUUAGCCAAGAUAAAGAAGCAGAUAUCGCUGCUGCAGCAUGAGCUGGACUUUAACAGGAAAGAACUCAAUGAUAAGGCGUUCGAGCUAGCCAAAGCCAAGCUAGACGUGACAGAGCUCAGAAACAGUCUGUCCCAAGCCACUAAGCAGGCAGCCGACGGAGACGAGUUCCGGCGGCAGGCGGAGGCCGCGCGCGCGGACAGGGAGCGGCUGGCCGCGCGGCUGCAGGCGCUCGAGGGGAGAAUACGCGAAGAAUCUGACAUUUCGGAGCUGAAGAUGAAAUUGCAUGAGAAAACUGAAAGAUGCCAGGAAUUGGAGGCGGAGAUCCAAGAUCUAAGAGAUCUAGUAGACAGACUUCGCGAAACUGGCCAACAAUGCUCGCCCGAGCAGCGCGCGCUGGUCGUCAGCGGCACGCGCUCGCCCACCGCCGAGCUGGAGCGCGCGCUCCGGGACCAGCUGGACUACUCGCACCGGCUGGACCAGGACAUCAUGGAGCAGGUGACUGUCCGUGCCAACAGCUCGCCCACCGCCGAGCUGGAGCGCGCGCUCCGGGACCAGCUGGACUACUCGCACCGGCUGGACCAGGACAUCAUGGAGCAGGUGACUGUCCGUGCCAACAGCUCGCCCACCGCCGAGCUGGAGCGCGCGCUCCGGGACCAGCUGGACUACUCGCACCGGCUGGACCAGGACAUCAUGGAGCAGGUGACUGUCCGUGCCAACAGCUCGCCCACCGCCGAGCUGGAGCGCGCGCUCCGGGACCAGCUGGACUACUCGCACCGGCUGGACCAGGACAUCAUGGAGCAGGUGACUGUCCGUGCCAACAGCUCGCCCACCGCCGAGCUGGAGCGCGCGCUCCGGGACCAGCUGGACUACUCGCACCGGCUGGACCAGGACAUCAUGGAGCAGGUGACUGUCCGUGCCAACAGCUCGCCCACCGCCGAGCUGGAGCGCGCGCUCCGGGACCAGCUGGACUACUCGCACCGGCUGGACCAGGACAUCAUGGAGCAGGUGACUGUCCGUGCCAACAGCUCGCCCACCGCCGAGCUGGAGCGCGCGCUCCGGGACCAGCUGGACUACUCGCACCGGCUGGACCAGGACAUCAUGGAGCAGGUGACUGUCCGUGCCAACAGCUCGCCCACCGCCGAGCUGGAGCGCGCGCUCCGGGACCAGCUGGACUACUCGCACCGGCUGGACCAGGACAUCAUGGAGCAGGUGACUGUCCGUGCCAACAGCUCGCCCACCGCCGAGCUGGAGCGCGCGCUCCGGGACCAGCUGGACUACUCGCACCGGCUGGACCAGGACAUCAUGGAGCAGGUGACUGUCCGUGCCAACAGCUCUCCCACCGCCGAGCUGGAGCGCGCGCUCCGGGACCAGCUGGACUACUCGCACCGGCUGGACCAGGACAUCAUGGAGCAGGUGACUGUCCGUGCCAACAGCUCGCCCACCGCCGAGCUGGAGCGCGCGCUCCGGGACCAGCUGGAAUACUCGCACCGGCUGGACCAGGACAUCAUGGAGCAGGUGACUGUCCGUGCCAACAGCUCGCCCACCGCCGAGCUGGAGCGCGCGCUCCGGGACCAGCUGGACUACUCGCACCGGCUGGACCAGGACAUCAUGGAGCAGGUGACUGUCCGUGCCAACAGCUCGCCCACCGCCGAGCUGGAGCGCGCGCUCCGGGACCAGCUGGACUACUCGCACCGGCUGGACCAGGACAUCAUGGAGCAGGUGACUGUCCGUGCCAACAGCUCGCCCACCGCCGAGCUGGAGCGCGCGCUCCGGGACCAGCUGGACUACUCGCACCGGCUGGACCAGGACAUCAUGGAGCAGGUGACUGUCCGUGCCAACAGCUCGCCCACCGCCGAGCUGGAGCGCGCGCUCCGGGACCAGCUGGACUACUCGCACCGGCUGGACCAGGACAUCAUGGAGCAGGUGACUGUCCGUGCCAACAGCUCGCCCACCGCCGAGCUGGAGCGCGCGCUCCGGGACCAGCUGGACUACUCGCACCGGCUGGACCAGGACAUCAUGGAGCAGGUGACUGUCCGUGCCAACAGCUCGCCCACCGCCGAGCUGGAGCGCGCGCUCCGGGACCAGCUGGACUACUCGCACCGGCUGGACCAGGACAUCAUGGAGCAGGUGACUGUCCGUGCCAACAGCUCGCCCACCGCCGAGCUGGAGCGCGCGCUCCGGGACCAGCUGGAAUACUCGCACCGGCUGGACCAGGACAUCAUGGAGCAGGUGACUGUCCGUGCCAACAGCUCGCCCACCGCCGAGCUGGAGCGCGCGCUCCGGGACCAGCUGGACUACUCGCACCGGCUGGACCAGGACAUCAUGGAGCAGGUGACUGUCCGUGCCAACAGCUCGCCCACCGCCGAGCUGGAGCGCGCGCUCCGGGACCAGCUGGACUACUCGCACCGGCUGGACCAGGACAUCAUGGAGCAGGUGACUGUCCGUGCCAACAGCUCGCCCACCGCCGAGCUGGAGCGCGCGCUCCGGGACCAGCUGGACUACUCGCACCGGCUGGACCAGGACAUCAUGGAGCAGGUGACUGUCCGUGCCAACAGCUCGCCCACCGCCGAGCUGGAGCGCGCGCUCCGGGACCAGCUGGACUACUCGCACCGGCUGGACCAGGACAUCAUGGAGCAGGUGACUGUCCGUGUCAACAGCUCGCCCACCGCCGAGCUGGAGCGCGCGCUCCGGGACCAGCUGGACUACUCGCACCGGCUGGACCAGGACAUCAUGGAGCAGGUGACUGUCCGUGCCAACAGCUCGCCCACCGCCGAGCUGGAGCGCGCGCUCCGGGACCAGCUGGACUACUCGCACCGGCUGGACCAGGACAUCAUGGAGCAGGUGACUGUCCGUGCCAACAGCUCGCCCACCGCCGAGCUGGAGCGCGCGCUCCGGGACCAGCUGGACUACUCGCACCGGCUGGACCAGGACAUCAUGGAGCAGGUGACUGUCCGUGCCAACAGCUCGCCCACCGCCGAGCUGGAGCGCGCGCUCCGGGACCAGCUGGACUACUCGCACCGGCUGGACCAGGACAUCAUGGAGCAGGUGACUGUCCGUGCCAACAGCUCGCCCACCGCCGAGCUGGAGCGCGCGCUCCGGGACCAGCUAGAAUACUCGCACCGGCUGGACCAGGACAUCAUGGAGCAGGUGACUGUCCGUGCCAACAGCUCGCCCACCGCCGAGCUGGAGCGCGCGCUCCGGGACCAGCUGGACUACACGCACCGGCUGGACCAGGACAUCAUGGAGCAGGUGACUGUCCGUGCCAACAGCUCGCCCACCGCCGAGCUGGAGCGCGCGCUCCGGGACCAGCUGGACUACUCGCACCGGCUGGACCAGGACAUCAUGGAGCAGGUGACUGUCCGUGCCAACAGCUCGCCCACCGCCGAGCUGGAGCGCGCGCUCCGGGACCAGCUGGACUACUCGCACCGGCUGGACCAGGACAUCAUGGAGCAGGUGACUGUCCGUGCCAACAGCUCGCCCACCGCCGAGCUGGAGCGCGCGCUCCGGGACCAGCUGGAAUACUCGCACCGGCUGGACCAGGACAUCAUGGAGCAGGUGACUGUCCGUGCCAACAGCUCGCCCACCGCCGAGCUGGAGCGCGCGCUCCGGGACCAGCUGGACUACUCGCACCGGCUGGACCAGGACAUCAUGGAGCAGGUGACUGUCCGUGCCAACAGCUCGCCCACCGCCGAGCUGGAGCGCGCGCUCCGGGACCAGCUGGACUACUCGCACCGGCUGGACCAGGACAUCAUGGAGCAGGUGACUGUCCGUGCCAACAGCUCGCCCACCGCCGAGCUGGAGCGCGCGCUCCGGGACCAGCUGGACUACUCGCACCGGCUGGACCAGGACAUCAUGGAGCAGGUGACUGUCCGUGCCAACAGCUCGCCCACCGCCGAGCUGGAGCGCGCGCUCCGGGACCAGCUGGACUACUCGCACCGGCUGGACCAGGACAUCAUGGAGCAGGUGACUGUCCGUGCCAACAGCUCGCCCACCGCCGAGCUGGAGCGCGCGCUCCGGGACCAGCUGGACUACUCGCACCGGCUGGACCAGGACAUCAUGGAGCAGGUGACUGUCCGUGCCAACAGCUCGCCCACCGCCGAGCUGGAGCGCGCGCUCCGGAACCAGCUGGACUACUCGCACCGGCUGGACCAGGACAUCAUGGAGCAGGUGACUGUCCGUGCCAACAGCUCGCCCACCGCCGAGCUGGAGCGCGCGCUCCGGGACCAGCUGGACUACUCGCACCGGCUGGACCAGGACAUCAUGGAGCAGGUGACUGUCCGUGCCAACAGCUCGCCCACCGCCGAGCUGGAGCGCGCGCUCCGGGACCAGCUGGACUACUCGCACCGGCUGGACCAGGACAUCAUGGAGCAGGUGACUGUCCGUGCCAACAGCUCGCCCACCGCCGAGCUGGAGCGCGCGCUCCGGGACCAGCUGGACUACUCGCACCGGCUGGACCAGGACAUCAUGGAGCAGAUUCUAUCAGGGAGUAGCGACGAACACGAAGACAUUCCAAGACUCGCUUUGAAUUCUUCAAAAUCAUCAAGCUCGAUUCACUCAACGUCUUCAGACCGCAUGAACCGUCUCAAGUCUGAGAACGAUAAGCUGGUGAUGCAGGUCAACAAUCUAGAAGCGAGGCUGAAGGAUAAGGAGGCACUUAUCACGGAACUCAACAGAAUACGUGAUAAGCUGGUGCAGGACUGGCAGGCGGCCAAGCUCCGCCUGCAGGCAGAGAAGGACAACUGCGGACGCUUGCAGUUGUUACUGCUCACACACAAGGAGAGCGCGGAGACCUUGCAGAACCAAGACUCAAACAUGAUCCAGAUCCUAAAGAAGCGCCUAGAGAGCGCGAUGCAAUCCGAGCUGGAGCUGCAACAGCGUGAAAUGCAGCACAAAGCACGCCUCGCUACGCUCGAACGCCAACUCAUGCCCUCGGGGCAGGACGAGCCGAGUGCCAAACUGCUUCAGGCAGAGCAGGAGAAUUCGGAGCGGCUCCGCGGGGAGGUCUCCCUCCUCAAGUCCAAGCUGGAAGUGGAGAGAACCAGAGCGGCCGACGCGCAGGCGCUGCUGGCCCACAGCAAGGCGCACGCGCAGCGCGAGCUGGACGCCAAGACGGAGCAGUGCCAUGCCCUCAGGACCGAACUGGCUGAGCUUAGAAGACUGAAGCAUGAUGCCGGCGUGGAGCUGCUCCGCGCCAAGGAGCUGCUGGGCGUCCAGAGCGGCGCCGUCGCCGAGCUGCAGCACCGGCUGGCCGCGCAGGCGCACACACAGAGGCCCAUCAACGAUGCCCUGACGGAGAUCGAAUCCCACAAAACGGAGUUAGCCCGCGAAAUAACCAAUCUUAGAGUGUUAGUGACGAGUCCAGAAUUAUCUGCCCUGCGCGAUGCGAGGCAGGAAAUGUCGUCGCGGGUGGACGCACUGCAGGCAGAGCUGCGGGCCACCAACAAGGGCACCGAGGAGAAGGACCAGGCGAUCCGCUACCUCCACAACCGCUGCCUGAAGCUGGAGAGCUGCCGCAAAGCUCUCGUGUGGCAGAAACGUUAUUUACAGCGGGUAGUAGCCGGGUACAACGAGCUGGAACGCAGCCUGCGGUUGACGCGCGCUCCUGAACAGAGCACCGGCAAGAAGAGAUUCAAAUGCGUGGCUACGUGCGUGAUUGUGGUGCUGCGCAUGGGGUUCCUGGUGCGGCGGCGCGCGCAGUUUCGCGCGCUGUCCGCCACCGCCAUCCUGCGACCGCGCACCGACAACACUCCGUCGUCUCCGAAGCCCGCGGACGGCACGCCGGGCGCCCGGCCGCGCGCCCGCGCGCGCGACACGCUGGCGCGGCGCGUGCGCGACCACGACCGGACGCCGCAGUCGCCCGCCACACCGCAGCUGGGUGACUUCAUCCGCCGGUCCUACAGUUCCAACUCGCAGCACGAGGACUCCUUCGGGCUAAGCACUCCCCGCGGCAGCGCCUCCGCCUACCUGGACAAGCUGGGGCUCGCGAGCCGCCGCCUGCACCGCGCCCUGGACGCCGCGCGCGACGUGCCCUGACCCCGGACGGCAGGCACGUCACACGACACGGUGCCAGCGAACCUUCUGGAGUUUACUCUAAGCCUGUACCGACUCAGCUGUAGAUACUUGACCUGGCCUCGCGGACGGACUUAGCUUAAACGAAAUCUACCGCAAUUGGUCGCGAUUUAAAAAAAAAGUCGCGUAACCAUUUGUGGCAGGACAGGAACGUUCGCAUCAUGACGUUUAAAAAGGUCGCCAGUUAGCAAAAAUAGUCAUUUGAAGGUUUUUCUAAUUUAGACUUUAUUAACCAAAUAUGUUGGUUUAUUAUUUUGUGGACUGGCUAUCGUUUUAGAUGAAUUCAUGAAUGGUAGGAGCAAUUUAUUUUGAUAUUUUAUGAUGUAUGACUGUUGCGGAAUCUUAUAUGCUGACAUAUUGUAGCUAUCACGAAUUGCCUGUUUAAUUUGACUAAUGAUAAGGACGGCCAUCUUGUGGCCUGAAUCGGAAACAUAGACAUGUACAUUAACACCACGCCAAAACAAGUGCUGCCAUCUACUUUUGUUUGUGAUUCUCGUACUUUUGUUUGUGCCUAGUAAGUUCUGCCAUCUUGUGGGCUACAUUGAAAGUAUAAACUUCACAUUUACACCUCGCGCUUAAAAUCUGAGCCUUUGCUGCCCCCUACGGUUUAUACACGCUCCCUAUACGAGAAUUGCCUCAACUUGCUUUACUUUAAUUUCGAUCGUGUAGAUAAAGUGCGAUUUUGUUACAUUCAAGAAAAUAUAUAUUGUUUAUUUCAGACCAACAUAAUUCAUAGAUGUGUUAAAAAGUGUGUUGAAAAGAGCGCACUCCCAACUUAAAGCCGGCAAUGCACUCUAGUGUUUCCGAUGUCUAUUUAAUAAAGAUUACAAACUGAUAUUUAACAGUGUUAAUUAUGAUACGUCAGCAUUUCAAGGUUCUAAUGUUGCAUUUUAUUUAUAAACGAAUCCCAAUGCAUUUCCAUAUGAUUGGCCAGAUAUAGACGUAAGUAUUAGAAUAGUGCCAAAUUGAAUUAGUAGUAUUUGUGUUACUUAAUUUAUGUUUAAAUUAGAUAAGCGUUGGAGAUCGUUCCAUAUUUCGGUUGUUGCCACUCCGCCUAUUUGUUUUUUUUUUUUGUAUGUAUGUAUGAGAGUGGAUUGUAUGUAAUAUUUAGUAACGAAAACCUUGUCGUCCUACCUUGCCUUAGUACAGUUAGUUUCGAAACUAUUAAAGCGUUAAAAAAUGACGAUAAAACAAUGUCACUUUAAAUUUCGCUAUGAUAUUUUAUGUCUAGAGUUAGACCAAGUUGGAAGUGUUAUUUUAAAUAUCAAACUUCUAUGAAAUGAUGACGUUUACUUAACACUUGCACAGGCAUGGGCUAUCAAAAUCGCUGCCAACUUAGCUUGGUCUUGCUCUAUGACUAUAGAUUUUAGAACAAUUCUUUACAAACACUAUUUUUGAUUCAAAUUUUAAAUAAACACUUGUAGUUGACAUAUUGUAUUAGUGACAUUUCAUACAAAAUUUGAUGUGCUAAGAUUUACAACACUGGACUGGUAUUUAUCCAUUGCAUUGUUGCAAAAGCAGCCUUGCUGGAUACACUUAAAGUUCAUAAUUACCUACAUACCAGUCUUAAAGUCCAUUUACAGGAAUACAUUCGGUCAUUGACCUCUUGUAUCUUUAUCAUCAUAAAUAUACUCAUCUCUCUCACACAUAAGGCAUAUCUGUCGAGAUGUUUGUGUUCUUAAUUGUGAACUUUCAUUAGAAUUUGAAUUAUUGUUAGUAUCAAAACAUUUAAAUAAAGAUGCCAAUGACCAAAUUUCUUCCUGUGUGAAUUAAAAAAGCACUUGCCAUAUCGUAUUAGGUUUCGGACGCACGAAAGUACAAGUUAGGAUAAGUUAGUUAAGUUAGCGACUCGACCGAACGAUCCAGAGCUUUAUUACGAACGACAGAGAGACGUUAUUUGCAGGUUGAGUGAAUUGUUAUUAACGAACAUACGACACAAUCAACUGAUUGAUAGAAAACCUUAACUCACGUGAAUAAGGUUUAAAUUUGGUUACAUAAUCGUGUCGUCGAUGGAACAAGUUAAAAGCUAUCAGGCCAAUUCGAACGUGGAUAAAAAAUGUUGGAAUCAUAUCUGUUAAAUGUAGUAUGUUUAGUUUUUAUAGUUGCCCAAUUUGACAGUAGAUGUCGCUGUUCUAUCGGCUACAUCACGCUAUUAAGAUUUUUCUAAAGCCCCUUAUUAGUUAAAUUUGGUUUCGAUAUAUUCGAUAUAUAUGAGCAUCCAGUGAAGUGUUUCAUUACAAAAGGUAGGAAGUGAACAAUAUCAGUUAGCUGUCAUUCGCAGGUUCAUUUCACUCAGACUUUAUCCGCACAAGGAUUAGUGAGAGCGAGCCCAUUUGACAGCCUGAGACAGUUAACUGAUAUGAUUCCAAUAUCAGUUUGAUGUCCGCGCACGUUCGAAUUGGCCUUUAUGUAUAGAUUUAAACAGAUUUGCAUGAACGGUAAUCGACUUAAUAUUUGAUUAGUUUAUCGAUACAGUCACCAUCAUAGUUCUGCAAAAUGAAAGUAUUUUGAGGAAUUCAGUUUUGCUAUUGCGGACUGUAUUUCCAGUAUGAUCUGUAAAACAAUGUAUUUUGAAUUAGUGUCAAUGACCUUUCGUGCUGGUCUUUUUGAAAUGAACUAUGAUCUAAGUACAUGUAGUUAGUUGUUCGCUAAUAAUAAUUUAUUUUUCUAACUAUAGAUAAAUAAGCCAAAGCCAACGAAAGUAUUAUGAAAGCUGUGUACCUAGAAAUUCCAAUUAAGGCAAAUUGCACACAUUCUACAUUUGUAAAACCUUGCUAGAGAAUCUAGUGAAUACUGCUCAAUUUAAAUUCAUAUUUGUGCCAUUUUCAACCAAAAGGAUACUUAUUGUUGUCAAUUAGGUGUUAUAUCCACAUAGCUUCAAUUUGAAAUCAACCUUAUCGACAAUUUAUUUAUUUAUUUAUUUAUACUUUAUUAUUGCACAUAUAUUAAGUACAAAUGGUGGACUUAAUGCCUUAAUGCAUUCUCUACCAGUCAACCACUGGGUCAAAAAGAGACGUACGUGCCAAUGUCAAUGUGAGACAAUGUGGUACCUUUUGGUUGAGAACGUCACAUGUUGUUUACAAGCCACCAGACUCUAGAAAAUGGUUUGUAUAUGUAGAGUCAGCAGUGAAAGUCACGCAACAGGAAAAAAAUAAUUAACAGGUGAUUGUAAUAAUAUCACAUUUGCAAGUCGAAUAAAAUGUUAUCUAACAUUAUGGUGUGUUGCUUCUGCUGUUGACUGUACAAUAAACUCUAAUUGUCUGUGUGUAUUAGCCUUAAUCUGAUGGCACAAACCUGUUACAGUAUUGGCGUAUUUGAGGGGCCAAGAGUUUUAACUGCAUUCAGAAGACGACCUUA